AUGGCCAGCCGUUGUUCUCCAGUCCUCAGAGCCCUCUCGCGACCAGCACCUUUCUCUCGGUACGCGAGAACACCCAACUCUUCGCGAUGGCUCGCGACAGCCUCCGAGACGAAGCCCUCGUCGUCAACACCACCCCCGCCCCCCGCCUCAGCAAACCCACUCAUCACACGUAUUGUUGACGACAUUUCCGGCCUUACACUCCUCCAAGCGUCCGACCUCGUCACCCAGCUCAAGGCCCGUCUGAACAUACAAGAGGUCGCCAUGCCCGCUGCUACUGCUGCUGCGCCUGCCGCCGCUGCCGCCCCCGCCGCCGACGAGCCUGCUGCUGAGAAGCCAAAGGAGAAGACUGUCUUCAAUGUGAUGCUCGAGUCCUUUGACGCCGGCUCCAAGCCAAAGGUCAUCCGAGAGGUCAAGGCUCUCGUGCCCAACUUGACCCUGAUGGAUGCCAAGAAAUUCGUCGAGUCGCUACCAAAAGUAUUGAAGGAGAACCUGUCCAAGGACGAGGCCGAGAAGCUGAAAAAGGCGUUCACUGACAUUGGCGCUGUUGUCAAAUUAGACUAA